ACUAACUGUCCGUUUUCACUGAAAAUUUAUUAAUUGUGUUCUUUGCUCUCUAGUAUUGCGCUGCAAAAUGUUGUUUCCACUCCUCCGAACUCAUCGCCGGAAAUUACAUCAGUUAUGUUUUCGACAGUCGUAUGAUAUUUCAUUCUCUACUGAUGCGUGUUCAUCUUCAUCUAUUUCAAUCCUUCGUAGCAAAUACUCAUUCACGUCUCCCCCUUCUCUCCAUCAGAACCCUAAUCCCACUUCCCCUGCUGAACCAAUUAACCAAAAGAAGAAGAAACCGCCUUAUCGCCCUCCAUCGUCCCUUGAUCGUGAUGGAAAGGCGCCUUGGCAUUCCAAUCUUCCGUUUGAUUUUCAGUUCAGUUAUACAGAAAGCAAAUCGGAGGUGAGACCAAUUGGAUUGCGGGAACCUAAAUAUUCUCCGUUUGGACCCAACCGGUUAGAUAGGACUUGGACUGGUGUCUGUGCGCCGGCAGUGGACCCGAAAGUAGAGUCUGUAGAAGACGGAAAGGAUGAUCCGAAUUUGGAGGAGAAGAGGAAGUUGAUGAGAGAAAAAAUUCAAGGCGAGCCAUUGUCUGAAGCUGAGAGGAGGGUGCUGGUAGAACAUUAUCAGAGGCAGAAAACAAAACGACAGGUCAAUCUGGGAAGGGAUGGUUUGACACAUAAUAUGUUGAAUGAUAUUCAUAAUAACUGGAAGAACGGUGAGGCUGUCCGGAUUAAAUGUAUGGGCGUUCCCACAGUUGACAUGAAGAAUAUUUGCCAUCAGCUCGAGGAUAAAACAAAUGGAAAAAUAAUCCAUAGGCAGUGUGGUCUUCUCAUCUUGUAUAGAGGUAGGAAUUAUAUUCCAAAACAGAGGCCCGUGAUCCCACUAAUGCUCUGGAAACCUCAUGCGCCUGUAUAUCCAAGGCUAAUCAAGACUACUAUUGAGGGUUUAAGCAUAGCGGAAACUGAUGAAAUGAGGAAAAAAGGUCUUUCCGUUCCUGCAAUAAUAAAAUUGGCUAAGAAUGGUUACUAUGGUAGUUUAGUACCAAUGGUUCGUGAUGCUUUUCUUGUCAGUGAUCUAGUUCGGAUAGAUUGUAAAGGCCUUGAGAGGAAAGACUACAAGAAAAUAGGAUCCAAGCUAAGGGAUUUGGUGCCUUGUAUACUGGUAACAUUUGAUAAAGAGCAAAUUGUUGUAUGGAGAGGAAAGGAAUCUAAGCCCAACGAAUUUGAUUGCUUCUUGAUGGAAAAUGAAAAAUCAAAUGAUGAAGCAAUGCUUGGUUAGCUGCUGAGAUCUUAUGUUGGCUACAGUAUACACAAGAGUGAUUUCCAGUCUAGGGAAAAAGUUAAGAUAUGCUAAAACUUUAUAGUUGUUUUGGUAUAUACAGAUAUUACCUUGUUCAAUUGCUUUCUUUAAUUUAGUGUUUCUGGUCACAUUAUGACUGUUUUAUUCUCUAGGAUAACAUGAAAUGUGAAUUAAGUAUUAUCCUCUGAUGUUUUAGUUGAAAUA